GCGGCCAACACGAUCACAUCGCCUAACCUAGAUAUAUCUACUAUAUAUAUAGUUGUAGACCGAAAAGCUGCGCCUAAACACCUGUACACCGGUGUAGCAUUUGUUAUUGUUUUCGUUUCGCCUUCUAAAGUGCAUUAUAGCCGCUGAACUAAAAUUCUUUAAUCCAAAGUGAACAAAAAAGCCUUAAGUUUGUUUCUAAAACGAUUAAAAAGCGUACCUAACUUGCAAAGUAACGAACAGCUGUACGACAUGAGCAAAAAUGGACACAGCAAUGCCGGCUUUGUCAGCGAUCAUGUGGACAAUGUUAAGCACCAGAGCGGUAACAAAUACUCGCUGGAGUUGGCUGAAAAGGGUGCCAACAAUAAUAACAACAAAAUAGCCAAAGAUCCCGAUUAUAAUCCCUAUGAACAUCGCGAGGUGCCACAUCCUACAACCAACUCGGAAACGCUUUUCCAUUUGCUGAAAGGCUCUCUUGGCACGGGCAUAUUGGCCAUGCCCAAUGCCUUUCGCAAUUCUGGCUAUGUCACAGGCUCCAUAGGAACCAUUGUGAUUGGUUUCAUUUGCACCUACUGCAUACAUCAGCUGGUCAAGGCUGAGUACGAGCUAUGCCGUCGCAAGAAGGUGCCGAGCAUGAACUAUCCCGCUGUAGCCGAAACAGCUCUCUCCGAGGGACCGGCAUUCUUCAAAGCCUGCUCUCCUUACAUAGGUACCGUCGUCAAUGUCUUUCUGCUCAUCUAUCAACUGGGCACGUGCUGUGUCUAUGUGGUCUUUGUUGCCUCAAACAUCAAGUCCAUUGUGGAUGCUGUCUAUGGCACAAAUGUGGAUGUGCGUCUCUGCAUGAUUAUUAUCCUGGUGCCUUUGAUACUCAUCAAUUGGGUGCGACAGCUCAAGUACUUGGCGCCGUUCUCGACGCUGGCCAAUUUUAUAACUAUGGUCUCCUUUGGCUGCAUUUGUUACUACAUCUUCCGGGAGCCUGUAUCCACGGAGGGUAAGGAGGCCUUUGGUAGAGCACAGGACUUUCCGUUGUUCUUUGGCACUGUGCUCUUUGCACUGGAAGCCAUUGGCGUUAUACUGCCGCUGGAGAAUGAGAUGAAGACGCCGCAUAAAUUUGGCGGUUCCUGUGGUGUCUUAAAUGUGUCCAUGGUGCUUAUAGUGUUUCUGUAUGUGGGCAUGGGCUUAUUUGGUUAUCUAAACUAUGGCUCCAGUGUGCUAGGCUCGAUAACACUAAAUUUACCCGAGCAUGAUAUCCUGGCCCAAUGCGUAAAGGGAAUGCUGGCCUUCGCCAUUUAUAUAACACACGGCUUGGCCUGCUAUGUGGCCAUUGAUAUCACCUGGAAUGACUAUGUGGGCAAGAAGUUAGGUCCCCAGCGCAACAAGCUUUUCUGGGAGUAUGCUGUGCGCACUGGUCUAGUGCUCAUUACUUUUCUUCUGGCUGUGGCCAUCCCAAAUCUGGAGCUGUUCAUCUCACUCUUCGGCGCGCUUUGCUUAUCCGCUUUGGGCUUAGCCUUUCCAGCUUUAAUACAAAUCUGCGCACAUUGGUAUGAAACCAGUGGCCUUAGAAAGGGCUGGCUAUUGUUAAGCAACUUUGUCUUGAUCAUCGUAGGCAUUUUAGGUCUAGUUAUAGGCACGUAUACCUCUCUUAAGGAGAUAGUGCUUACUUUUUCGGAGUAACUUGUUUUGCUUAGUCAUUAUCUU